CCCGUGGACCCUGAGGACGCCACGAGCCACCGUCUGCUACAGCCCGGCCGGGAGACCACGCCCACAACCUCGCAAGCCCCGCCCCGUAGCCCCGCCCCCACACGACGUGUCAGUGAGAGCUCUGUGACCUCUGUGACCUCUGCUUCGUCCAGGAGGUCAGGCGGUAUGGUCAGCGUGGUGUGCUUCUCCCUGUGUGUGCUGGGCGUGGCGAUAAUGUUCCUGCUGGGGGUGUGUGUGGGCUUCUACGUGCGCGAGCUGCACUAUGACCACGCCUACCUACAGGACGUGUGCGGCCGCGCGGGGGAGCCACAGGGUGACCUUGACCUUCUGGGCAACAACCACGAGACGCUGGUCUACGGCAUCAGGGGACACGACAUCAAACAAUUCGUCAGUGAGUUCGGCCACCAGGACCCGGUGAGCGGCAGUGACCUUGACCUACGUUUGGCUGAUGCUGUGCUGCGCGAGUUUGAGACACACAGGUUUGACUCAGUGGAGGUGGAAGAGCACGAGAUAGUGGUCAGUCUGGCUCACCCGACCCGGCCCAACUGUCUACAACUGCUCACUGCCAACGGCACCAGGCUGCACCGAGCUGACCUCGUGACCCCGCGCCCUUCACCUGACCCCGUGACCCCCGUGACCCCGGUGACCCCCGUGACCCCGGCAGACGACAGAGUGACCCCACCAGCAAGGGAAGGGGAGACAACCACGGAGCACUGGCGACACCCACACGUAGCCUUCUCUCCCCCGGGUCAUGUACAGGGUGGCGUGGUGUACGGUCACUUUGGGCGGCCGGAGGAUGUUCAGAUGGUCAAGGCGCUGGGUGUUGACCUACAGGACAAGGUGGUGCUACUGAGGCUGGGGAAACUGUCGGUGGCCGAGAAGGCCACCAUGUACACGCCAGAUGAGCCCGGGCUGUGGUCGCCCUCGGUGCCAUGCCAGACAAUCUCGGCAGACCUGGCCGCCCGCCUCAUGGUGCUACUGGCGCGAGAACCGGCCGCAGUCGCUUCCCCUGACGUUUGGCUCGGAGGCCUGGCCACCAGAUAUUUCCUCGGCUCGGCAGGACAAAAUCGCUACGUGCUGGUGGGCUCCCCGCGCGCCUCGCUCCCCGAUCAGCCCCGUGACACCACCGCGUCCACCUCCGUGCUGACCCAGUUAGCUGCCAGCUUCCAGCGAGUCCACGCGCUGCACUUGUGGAAGCCACGCCGAGGGGUCAAACUCAUCUCAUGGGGCGGGGCCGAACUCUCCAAUGCCGGGAUCAUCUGCUACCUGCAGCGCCAUAGACCCGUGCUGGACCGGCGAGCCGUGGCCUACCUUGACCUGACCCACCUGGUGAGAGGUGAUCGCACGAUGACCGCUCAGGUCCCGCCCAGUCUCUACAAGCUGGUCAAAGAGGCGACGUUUGAGACGCGGCCAUGAAGGAGAGCCAGGACCUAGUGCUAGCGGCGGACGCGGUGGCAGACAUUGCCAAGAUGUACGUCAAACGGUCGACGGUCGGCGGUCUCCGCAUGGUGAACGACAUCAAGAUGUUGUUUGAGAGACUGUUUGUGGUGCACAGACAUGGACGGCCGGAGCACGUGCUGUAUCCGGCGCUGACCGACGGGAGCCUGGCCGAGGUGUCUGCACUCUGUGACCUGGCCACGGUCGUGGAACCCUGGAACUCCACCACACAGCUCAGCACACUGCUCACCUCCGUGCUUCGUAGGGCUGUCAGCUCUCUCAGAGUCAGUGCUUGAUGUGUGUGUGUGUGGGUGUGUGUGUGUAUGUGUGUGUGGGUGUGUGUGUGUGUCUGUGUGAGUGAGUGU